AUGAGUAUGACGAAGACCGUUAAUGGUUUGGCUCAUUACCCUUGCCGAGGGCUCCGCAUAGGUUCCAGAAGUGUCGAAAAUGCUACUGGCAUAGGCACACGCGAAGGCCUCUACGCGCGCAAUACUGUCAGCCGGAUGUCCGAAACUUUCAUGCGAUGGCACAGUUGUUUCCGACUACCGUUAUCUAGUCUUACUCUGGUCGGUGUCUUCCCUGCUAUGCUUUCCAGAUGGCACCUACCCUCCAAUCAUCAUCUCCUUGACUCGAAUGUCUUUGGAAAGCGAUCAACGAAGUCCCACCGGUUCGUGAAAACCGGCGAAACAUCCUUCAUCAACCACAUGAGGCUAGGAGUUUGUGAUCUUGGGGAGUUCAAGUUGAGACGAAUCGACCUCACCUCAAUGGGGGGCUCAAAUUUCAACUGCAUGGCUGUGGGAACUUGUAAAUACAACGAAAGCAUAAUGUGUCAAAUGGCUUACAAUGAAACUGUCGCCACAAUUUGCCACGAAUUGCAUGUUGUUCCUGUGGAACAGUCAAUUUUCCAAUACCAGAGAACUCCUCGGAAUAAGCAUCUGCCAAAUACUGCGGCCAAAAGAUCACUAAAAGCCGUCAAAGCCGCUUUGGAAACACUCGCCACUGGCUCCAGCUCUUAUGAUACUGCUUACGAUGAAGCCUUCGAACGAAUUGAAGGUCAACUAGAAGACCAAUCAGCACUUGCCAAGGAUGCAUUAUCGUGGAUUGUUUGCUCGAAAAGGCCGCUUCAGAUCGUUGAGUUACAAGAAGCUCUUGCAGUGGAGCAAGGUAUGACCGAGCUCGACACGGAGAACCGGCCUGAAAUCGAAGAUGUCAUCUCGGCCUGCGCUGGGUUGCUCACAAUCGACGAAUAUAGUCGUGUAGUGCGGCUUGUGCAUUACACUACACAGGAGUACUUCCAGCGGAACAAAACAAACCGACUUCCUGGAGCAGAAGCUCUGGUAGCAGCUGCUUGUGUAUCAUAUCUCAGCUUCGAUGUUUUCGAUGCGGGUCAGUGCGAAUAUCAGAGUGAACUAAGAGAUCGCAUCCAGGAUCAUCCGCUUUACCACUACGCUUCAGUGAAUUGGGGAUACCACGUUCGGGAAUCGCAUCACGUCCAGGAAGAGGUCAUGUGUUUUUUGGAGGACCAGGAAAGACUGCGCGCCUCAGCACAGUACGUAGCGACGGAAGUCUUCAGUCUUGUCUCGAAGGGAAAUCGUUCAGAACAAAUACAUUCUCUACAGGGAUCAUUACACCGCACUUGCCGCUGGAGGAAGCUCGAGAUCAAUGCACAGAACCCUGAGGGCGAGACCCCUCUUUUUGUGGCAGUAUCAAAGAACUUUGUAGAUCUGACAAGAGAUCUUCUGGAAUCUCAUGGCGCAGAGGUAUCCAAGUACACUCAUGGGCAAACCCUUUUGUCCGUUGCUGUCCAAAUGGGACACUACGACAUAGUCCGAUAUUUUGUCUGUUGCCAAUUAGGUCAAUUUGAUAUCAACAAGCCGGACAUGCAUGGACCCACUCCAUUGCUUUAUGCAAUCGCCAAAAAUAACCAGGAUAUCAUAAGCCUCUUACUCGACGUUGAUGGAGUUGCAUACAACCAAAGAGGCCCGGGCGGGAAAACACCCUUGUUAUUGGCCGUAGGCUUGGGACAAGACUUCACUGUCAAGAUUCUUCUCGAAAGAGACGAAGUGGAGGCAGACUCGAAGGACAACGAAGGCCGAACCCCGCUAUCACAUGCGGCCAGCAACGGAGAUUUGAGUAUACUUGGUCGUCUUCUCGAAACAGACAGAGUGGAAGUCGACUCGAGAGAUGAUGCUGGCAGAAGUCCGUUAUCAUACGCAGCCGGGAAGGGCGAUUUGGAAAUAGUCAGAUGUCUUCUUCGAACAGGAAAGGUCGAUGCAGAUUCCCGAGACAGAGACGGCCGGACACCACUAUUUUAUGUAGCUAUGGCUUCCAACAAAGAGGCCGUUCGCUACUUUCUUGAAACCAAGAGAGUCGACGUAAACACAUUGGACGUCUUCCACCAAUCGAUCUUGCUUGGAAUGUGGCCUUCCUACAGGCUCUGGGAAGGUCCGCAGUUUCGGACUGCGGAAACACAUGCAGCGUUGAUGGACACGACUGAACUGCUGAUCGAACUUGGAGGGGCUGAUCCAAAUGUGCGCGACAAUCGAGGGCGAACAUUGUUGUGGAAGGCUCUUUUCCACGGCCAUGUGGAACUGGCAGAAUACCUCGUAAAGACCGGUAGAAUUGAUGGACCGUCGAAUUUCAAGGACAUUGCCGGCCGCACUCCGAUGGAUGCUUUCGCUAACGAACUAGACAAUGAAGGGCUUGCAAUGAAGUCCGCUCUCGUGGGAAUUUUUGUCGUUGUGAAUGCUUCAUACUUGAUGAAGGCGGCACGUACUUAUGCUGCGCAAAGAAGGAUUGUGCUGUCAAUUGAUAGAGGCUAUGGCAAGACCUGGCCGUUAGCCGGUCUAUACGCUGCCUCAGUACAGUACCUUAGUCGUGCCCCAGUAAGUAGUGGCUCAACACCCGUUCCUUCUUUUCCCACUAUCCGGGAGGAACACAACUUGUUGGCAAACUACUAG